UCUGGGUUUUGCAGCUUGUAUACAAACUAGUUGCAAGAAACGCAAAAGGAACGUAGUUGUAGCUCGUGGGCACCAGCGAUGGUCAGGUAGCAAUAUUACCUCUACUUGACAUAUCAGGCUAGAAAUUCUUUUUGAAAAUUUUACCGUAGUUCCCGUGUAAAAUGAUUUUACGAAACAAGUUCGUCGUUAGGUCGGUCACCUCGCCUAGGUCAGUCUAGAAAAAGUAACGACUGCAACAAACAACUCCGCGCAGUCGUGAAGCAGCACGUCGUCCACCCAAACAUCAUGCACCAGCGACGUCCAAAAUCCAGCGGUCAGGCGGCCGCGCCCGCGGUUUCCACCACGGUGGCGCUUGCGGGAAACAAGCCCGCAGUUCCCAUCUUCACCUACGAUCAGCUAACGCACUUGAGCCAGAACGGGCUCCUCUCCAAAAUCCGCCUUCUCGAAGACUUCUCGGGGCUGAAGGCACAACCGAAAUCACGUAAGAAAGAAGAUUUUUGAUUUAUUAUUAUCCGUUUUUCAAUCAAGUUCCGACCUUACCUGACACGGAGAGUCGUCUUCUUGCAGCUGCGAUUUGGAUUAGCACUAGGUUGUGCCUGCUGCAUCAUGAUCGCGUGCAAUGAAACUUCAAAGUACGUACUGUGAGGUUCUUUGUCGUUAUUUGCUUGCUGUGAAAAGAAAUUUUCAUGAUAAAUGGAAUAUUAAAUGUCCUCUAGGUCAGCAAGUGAGUCUGAUCAAUGAGAUCAUGCGGCUGCAGACCGAGCUUGUCGGCCAACAGCAUGUGGCGAGCCAGACGCGGCUAUGAGAGUCGUGCACCGCUUUUCCUCCCCCUCAUGUGUAUGGCAUGAACCGCCAUGCGAAUUUAUAAUAACCCCAGCAUACCAUCACCACCAUGUAGAGCCUGUGCAUCAUGAUAAGUUCAGAUGUCGAAUGUAGUACGCUUCCAGAUGCGAACACUGCUGAAAGAGAAAGACUAAGACAGCAACUGGAUUUGUGAUUUUGCACAGCUACGACUAAUCGGGAGGAAGAGUUGUGCGCUCUCAUAGCCGCCGUUCGGGACGAGCCGAAAUUUGGACCUGCCAUCGGACAACGACGCCACCCUGGAUUCCCUGCACCACGCGCACAAAAAAGCCGACUUACACGAGGAGCGGGAAAUCAAGGCGCGCUGGAGUCGCGGGGAGCAGCAGCUCUUGCAGCACGUUCCGGCGGCGCAGGUCGACCAUUUCGCCCUGGGGAUGGCAGUGGUGGAAGAACCAGAGGAAGCAGGGCUGCCCUCGUCGCCACGCUCGUCCUACGCCGUGGGGGCGCACGGAAAAAAACACGUCCACGGCCGGCCGGACCACUUUGCUACCGGUAUAGUUGUAAGUACACUUCUUUGUCGUCGAGUGUGUGCUUGCACGUUGCACCAUCAGACAAAUUUGUUUCGCAUCGCGCAGGCACAAGCAUAUGAAGAACGCGAGUUGAUGUGAAGAACAACUCACGGUGAAGGUAGAAGACGUCGAAUUCUUCAUUUUCUCUGCACCACCAACCCAGGUUCCUCCUCCCCGGAUCUGUCUCGCGGGGACGAUCACUUCUACGAGCGCAAGGAGCUGAAGCACUACGACCACCAAGGUGCCCAUCCGAGUUCUGCCUCAAACAUGGGCAGCACAAACAUGCGCGCGGUACAACUAGCGAACCCCGCACAGCAGGCUGCUGCGCCGGAACGCAUCGACGGGCGGAGGCACGUCGCUAACCCCAAGCCCGACCACUUUUCCACCGGCAACGGUGUGGGCGUGCCGCGGGCGAGUGCCACCCCGGAUUUCCUGUGGGGCGCGGAGGCCCGGUCCGGUCUGCAGUUCGCUGUGGAUCCAAAGAUAACCAGUGCAGAAAAGGGUCGUUGUACUUGAAUGAAUUCUGCAAUUUUGCAUGGGGCAGAUCAACAUCUGGUCUCUAUAGUUGAUUGCACAUCAUGACUCCUUCCUGCGCAAGUUUGUAAAAAUCGCGAUUUACUUACUCGUACGACAGACUAGAAGUUUUUGAUUGCAUACCAAGGCGGGCGGAGCAACCUGGGAAGCGACAUGAUGAACGUAGAUGAGCGGGAAGCCUGCUACCGUACUAGAGUUUACUAUACUACAAGUACAACUACAAAUUGAAAUCUGCGUGUGCAUGAUAGGUUUCUCUGUGAGGCCCGUUUCGCAUGACAAACACUGUGCUCGUCUUUAAAAUUGCGAUCUCUACUUCACAGCUUACCGUCGCCGCGUGGAGGACAUCGAUGUUCCGGUAGCAUAUCCUGUGUGAAAUAAACCAUCGUCCCCACACGAGCCAAUAGGAGCGAAGCCAAUGCGAGCUCUGCGUAGUUCGCAAGCCAGGAAGGCCUACUAGGAAUCACGCAUGACAUCAUCUUUGUUUCGUGUGGUCUGGGUUAAUAGAAGUCCUGGUAUCUGCAUGUUGCUCAAGACUUCUGCUACAAUGAAUGUUUCCAGUUUUGCUGUAUCGCGACUAAAACAUGAGACACAGCGCUACUGCGAAAAAUCAACGGCCUUUCGUUGGUUUGUGCACGUCACACUUGUCUUCAGGCCUACAAAUUUCCUGGACAGAAACUUUGUGGUGGGGGGGAGGUGGUUUCUUUUUGCAUUGCAUAUUGCAAAGGACAACAUUACCACGCGUUUUGAGCUGCCGGACGAUGAACCCGCGAUGAUGCGGCAGCACAAGCAGCACCCGCAGCAGCUGUUCGCGACUGAAUCCGGCUAUGCGGGCAUCAAUGCCAAAGACAUCACCCAGAAGAACGGGCAACUGGAGAAAGAGUCCCGCGUGCCCGCCUGUGCGUACGACCACAUCGGGGUAUGACAGUGCACAACUCCCCCUUCCCCUCAUUUGUCAUGCAAAAUACCCAAUUUACGUUUAGGCUUACCCUUUGCCUCUUGGCACUGUUUGCAUGACAAGUUUUGGUAGCGAGGUUUAGACAACAAAGGUUUAGAGAACGACAGGGACGCCCAGCCCUUAGCUUCCCAACAUGACAAGUUUUGGUAGCCCAAAUAGCUGAAUAAUCCAGUGCAAAUUUGUCAUGCAAAACCAGCAUUCUUGCACGUGCUUGUAUUGCCGUUCACGCUAUACAAAUGAGGGGGAGGGAGAGUUGUGCACUGUUAGACGGGGACCUGUGGAGCCAGAAACCCGAGGAUCUGCAGGGCGGUAACAUCAAGAAGACCGGGCGCCGCCAGAUGAUUCUGCAGGGCGUGAAAGAAAUUCCCGUGCAGCUAGCCGCGACGGGGGAGCGAAAAGAGGUGCUCGGAUUGCUGUCCAGCCCGCGCGAGGGGCGACGAAAGCCGACGGGCAGGAAACACUUUCACAUCGACGACCGAAUGUUCAAUUAGGACACGAGAUACGCGGUGAUACGUAUUUAAUCGACAAUUAAAAAAAGACGCGAUGCUGAAAAAAGGCUUUUAUGACGGGAAGGUCGCACCUCCUUCCCAACAAGAAUACUUACCAUCAGAUCAAAGACUGACACCGAAUUUUACGUGGCUAUUUUUGUAGAUACUUCUAUCCUGACACUAGAAUUUACUAGAUUCAUACCGCACUACAGAGAAACGAAACGGUGAUAGUGAGGUGGCACUGUCAAUGUCUCGCGGUGUUGAUGACACUACCAAGUAAGUAAAGUAAAAGUUGCGGUUUUCCCAUUGUACGAAAGUGAAUAUGCCCCCAGGACCAAAACCAAAAGAGCAAACAAAAGAAACAACUUGUACGAUAUGCACCUGCUUGAAUAGAAACUGUAGCCACGAUAUCACGCAUUGGCUCAGGGAGGUCCAACACGCUUGUACAGAAAGUCGCAGUAAUAGAUUGUACUUAUUUGUGUGAAAUCAUUCUCAGAAACCAAAACGUAAAGAAAAU